AUGACCUCCAGCAACAAGAUGAUGAACAAGAUCGUCUUCUACGAGGACAGGAACUUCCAGGGCCGCUCCUACGAGUGCAGUAGCGACUGCCCCGACAUGUCCUCCUACAUGAGCCGCUGCCACUCCUGCAGGGUGGAGCGCGGCUGCUUCGUGGUCUACGACUGCACCAACUUCAUGGGGAACCAGUACUUCAUGAGGAGGGGCGAGUACGCCGACUACAUGAGCAUGAUGGGCAUGAGCGACAGCAUCAGGUCCUGCCGCAUGAUCCCCAUGCACAGGGGCUCCUACAGGAUGAGGAUCUACGAGAGGGACAACUUCCAGGGUCAGAUGCACGAGCUGAUGGAGGACUGCGAGAACGUCAUGGACCGCCACAGCAUGGCCAACAUCAUGUCCUGCAACGUGAUGGAGGGCAACUGGCUGAUGUACGAGCAGCCCCACUACAGAGGAAGGAUGAUGUACAUGAGGCCCGGAGAGUACAGAAACUUCAUGGGCAGCAUGAGGUUCAUGAGCGUGAGGCGCAUCAUGGAUUCCUGCUACUAG